UGUUUCUGGUUUACGGUGGAAUUCGGAAUAUGCCGACAAAAUGGAGAAUUAAAGGCAUAUGGUGCUGGUUUACUCUCAUCUUUUGGCGAAUUAGAAUAUUGUUUAAGCGGCAAGCCGGAGCUUCGACCUUUUGACCCACCAAAGACUGCGUUGCAAAAAUAUCCGAUAACGGAAUAUCAGCCCGUAUACUUUGUUGCCGAAGACUUUGAGGACGCAAAAGAAAAGAUGACAAAAUUUGCUCAAAGCAUACCGAGAAAAUUCGGAGUGAGAUACGAUCCUUAUAC